CUCUCACUCCCCCACCCCCGCCGGAAACGCAGCCGAUAUCUCACCUUCCCCCAAUCCACAAUCACCAAAACAAAACGAUGAGCAUCACUAGUGGCAGCCUCGUCACUAGAACAUCAUCCCCAACAACACCCAACUCCUCCUCCUCCUCCUCUUCGACCAAAGGCAACGGCAACACCCAGGCCUGCGCCGCCUGCAAGUACCAGCGCCGGAAGUGCGCCCCCGACUGCAUACUCGCCCCUUAUUUCCCUCACGACCGGCAGCGCCAGUUCCUCAACGCCCACAAGCUCUUCGGCGUCAGCAACAUCACCAAGAUCAUCAAACACCUCGACCACCACGAUAAGGAGGAGGCCAUGCGCACCAUCAUUUUCCAGUCCGACGUCCGCGCCUCCGACCCCGUCGGCGGCUGCUACCGGAUCAUCCAGGAACUCCAGCGCCUCAUCGAGUACAACAAGGCCGAGCUCGACAUCGUCCUCCACCAACUCGCCAUCUGCCGAGCACAGGCACAGCAGCAACAGCAGCCCAUAAUGCAGCAGAUUCCGGAGGUCGGGGACACUACCUGCGCUGAUCAGAUGAUUAGUGUUGACCCUCUGAGCCUGUACGGAAACCCUAUGCAUUUUCAUUAUCUUCAGCAGCAGCCUAAUGUGCAAGUUACUGGGCAGCAGGAUCAGGGUGCCCCCUAUUUGUUUGUGCAAAAUACUAAUGGGAAUAAUGGGCACCAGCAGCAGCAUAUGGUACCGGAGGAUAUGAACAUGUGGGCUAUGCAGGAUUCCAUGUCGUCGUUGCAUAUUAAGCAUGGGAUGAAUGCCGGUGACUGUGAAGAUAUCAAGCCCUUUGUUGACAUUGCCUGUGAUGAUGAUCAGAGGAAUCAUGAGAUCAAGUUCCAGCCUGAUGCAAUUGGCGACCAGAGUGAUGAAGCAUUGCUGAAGAUAGAGGAUGGCAAUUUAAAAGAAGAUCAGCAGAGUGAGUCAGCUGCCCAACAAGUCCAUCAUCAUUAUCAGGAUCAUGGUGAUCUGAAAGGUGAAGCUACUUUGUUCAUGACCCUCACAAAUUGUAGCAGUUGAUGCAUGAGUGUUGCGAAAUAGCCCAUGCAGCCAGAAGUAGUAACCCUCCGCCCUCCGCCUGAUUUUCAUUUUUGUUGUUGUCACUUUUCUUAGGUUUGUAAACAGAGAGGAGAAAGCAUGUGAUUCUCUCACUCUUCUCCGGCUCAUUUUUCACCCACAAUAGAUGUCUGAACUUUUGUAUGAGAACUAAGCAGCAGGAACCUAAAAUUGUAUGUAAUUCCUAGAAAAUAUCAACAUGUUUUUAUCUUUUUUUC